AUGAGUGUCAUUUUACCUGUUGCACAACGUGGUGAAGAUAUUUUAAGACUCAAAGCUGCUCGCGUCGCAGAUGCAGAAUUUAAUAGCGACUGGCUCAUGCAGUUGGCUUCUGCCAUGAUUGCGACCAUGUUGGAGCGGAGUGGUGUGGGUAUUGCUGCACCACAAGUCUAUAUUUCAAAGCGGGUCAUUAUUGUGGCUUCACGGCCAAAUUUACGCUAUCCCGAUGCGCCUGAAAUGGACGCCGUGGUGAUGGUCAAUCCUGAAAUUUUAGAGUUUUCGCAAGCAACGACCUUAGGUGAAGAAGGCUGUUUAAGUGUGCCGAAUGAACGCGGUCAGGUACAGCGUGCGCAAAGUAUUAAGGUGCUGUAUCACACUUUGACUGGUGAGGUGAUGGAAAGCACUUUUGAAGGUUUUCCUGCGCGCAUUGUGCAACAUGAAAUAGACCAUCUCAAUGGUAUUUUAUUUGUCGAUCGCCUGAGUGCUUAG